UUCUGCCUCCAUUUCCAAAGUAGCUGGAACUACAGGUGACAGUUUAUAUAAAGGAAGCGCUGGGACUGCUAGCCAUACCCUUCAAGAACAAAAAAAUUAGAAAAUGGAACAACCAUGUGUGAUAUGUGAGGAAGAACAAGGACCAGCAUCAGAGAAGAACAUCAAAGAAAUGAAACAAGUAGAUGAUGAAGAUGCUGAGCUGAUCUUUGUUGGGAUGGAGCCUGUAAAUGAAGAUGCUGAGCUGAUCUUUGUUGGGGUGACUUCAAAUUCAAAACCAGUUGUUUCAAACAUUUUAAACAGAGUCACCCCGGGUUCAUGUUCAAGGAGAAAAAAGUAUGGCCGUCUUAGAAAAGAUACUGCUCACAAAUUGCAGCCUACAAGUCAUAUGACCCCUGCAUCAGAAGCAGUGACUGUCUUGCCAACUUCUCAGUCUGAAUUGAGAUCAACAGAUAGUCCUAUUAUUAUCGAGCCUUUGUCUAAAUCUGAUUGUAGAAAUAGUUCACCAGAAGCCGUGCCUAAUAGCUCUUUAGAGUUAUGUUCUCCUUUGAUUACAGGUUCAUUGCAUCAUCCAGUAAAAGCAGCACUUUCAGUAGGAGAUAUGACUGAAAGUCCUUGUGUAUCAAAUCGACUUUCCACUUCUGAAGUAAACAGCAUAAAUCCCAAAAGGGCUAAACUCAGGGAUGAACUCAUAGGGGGAUAUUCUUCAACUCUUUCCCCUUCAGGUACCUUUCAUACAAUGAACACUCUGCAAAGUAUACCCUCAAACAAUGUUCAUACCUCAUUAAACCAUGUUCAGAAUGGAGCACCUUUUCCAACAGCUUUUCCAAAGGACAGUAUCCAUUUCAAGCCUAUAAGUAUAAAUCUUGAUAGGGAAAAUGGAUUGGCAAAAACAGACUUUUUGAGUCUAGCAAGUCAAAACAAGACUUUUCAUCCCAAGAAAGAAAAUCUGAUUAUGUUACUUAGUGACUUUUACUAUGGACAUUAUAAAGGAGAUGGGCAGCCAGAGCAGAAGACUCACACAACCUUUAAAUGCAUCAGCUGCUUGAAAGUUCUAAAAAAUGUUAAGUUUAUGAAUCAUGUGAAGCACCAUUUGGAACUUGAGAAGCAGAGAAAUGACAGCUGGGAAAACCACACCACCUGCCAGCACUGCCACCGGCAGUUUCCCACUCCCUUCCAGCUGCAGUGUCACAUUGAAAAUGUACAUACUGCCCAGGAACCCUCUGCUGUUUGUAAAAUCUGUGAAUUGUCAUUUGAAACAGAUCAAAUCCUCUUACAACACAUGAAAGACCAUCAUAAGCCUGGUGAAAUGCCCUAUGUAUGCCAGGUUUGCCAUUACAGAUCAUCGGCCUUUUCUGAUGUGGAAACACAUUUUAGAACAUGUCAUGAAAACACUAAGAAUUUGCUUUGUCCAUUUUGUCUGAAAACUUUCAGAACUGCAACACCAUACAUGUGUCAUUAUAGAGGGCACUGGGAAAAGAAUGUACACCAGUGUUCUAAAUGCCGGCUGCAGUUUUUAACUUUCAAGGAGAAAAUGGAGCACAAGACCCAGUGUCAUCAAAUGUUUAAGAAGCCUAAGCAACUAGAAGGAUUGCCUCCUGAAACAAAAGUUAUUAUUCAAGUGUCACUAGAACCUCUUCAAUCAGGAUCAGUGGAAGCAGCAUCUAUUACUGUGAGCACAUCUGAACCUGAACCAUCAACCCCCGGGUCCAAAAGUAGAAAUUACAAAAAAAAUCAUUAAUUU